GUUUUACUUUUCUUCUCUUGACUUUGUUCAAACAGGAAAACACCAAAGAGUAAACAAAAACAAAGAACUUCACCGGAAGCUCAGACGUUGUUCACGUGCUCAAAGUCUUUUGGGGGCGUGGUCUAAACAGGCUUACGUAACUGAGUAGGGAGAACGUGACCGAGUUAUACACUUGAGUCCGUCGUUCAGGGUGACGAAGAGAAGACGAGGCGUUUGUUCCGUCUCUUGAAUUUUUCACAUUCCGAACCGCUGACACCUGGAGGACGCAGGGGUGCACGCGCGUGACAGACAGAGACAGACCUCAGCUCGCGGCCGCGUUUACAUGGAAGCCGGACGGAGGACCAUCCCACGGCGCUGAGGAGAAAGAAUGUGAAGAGAUGUGCUCCACGCACGGCAACGCGGAGCUUCAGCCGACACGUAAGUCCCCCAGUUCCCGGCCUGCUGGUGUUGGCGUUGUCAUGCCGACGCUCCGUCGCCAGGCAGCGGAGGAUGACGGGCUCAUGCGGAGUUUGAAGCCGUUUCUGUGUCCUCCUCCUCCUCGUCCUGCAGCGUCAGACCCGGCGCUCCUCCUGGAGCUGAAGACCAGGCGUCCUCCGUCGCUGCUGGAGCUGGCGGGAUGCGAGACGUGGAGCGUGGACUUCUCCCCGGACGGCGCGUGGUUCGCCUGGUCCAUGGGGCACGGCAUCAUCUGGGUCGUCGCUUGGCCUCUCGACUCUCAAGAGGGUCAUGGCGAAACGACAGACCGAGGAGACAAAAGCUUCAGCUGUGGUCAGCCAGUGUGGGGACUGGCCUUUGGUCCGAAGCCCCACUCAUCAGUGGCUCAAACCUCAAAACGCACGGCGAAAGGGAAGGAGCCCCUGCUGCUGGCCACGGGCUUGGAGAAUGGCGUGAUCAAGAUCUGGAACGUUCUGACAGGUCAUGCUGUGUUUGAUCUCCGGGGGCACGAGGGUGUUGUGAGAGACCUGGUUUUCCCUCAGAACGGGACGCUCACCCUCAUCUCGGCGUCUCGGGAUAAGACUCUGAGGAUUUGGGACCUGGCUCACAAAGGGAAAAAGGUUCAGGUGCUGUCGGGACACAAAGACUGGAUCAACAGCUGCUGCGUGUCGCCGGACUGCAGCAUGAUGGCGUCCGUCGGCCGCUUUGACAGGAUGGUGUGUCUGUGGAGUCUGCGGUCCUACACCUUCAUCAGGAACCUGACAGGAGGAGCCCACAAGACCCUGUGCCUCCUGUCGUCCUGUGACUUCUCCCCGGACGGAGCCGUGCUCGCCACGGCCGCCUUCAGCGGCUCCGGCUGGUACAUCGACCUCUGGGACCCGUACACAUCGGAGAAACUGGCCACUCUGGCGGACUACUUUGAUGUCUACGGGAAAAACCAAAUCUCUGCAAUACAGUUUUCUCCCAGCGGUUUACACCUGGCGAUUGUGACGGACGACAGAGCGCUCAGGAUCUGGGAGCCAGGGGAGAGACGGAUGACGAUGCAGACGAGGAGGGACAGAGACUCCAACGGACUGUGCUGCAACUACCACCCACAAGGGGGCGUGGUCGCCACCGGAACCCGAGACGGCCACGUCCGGUUCUGGAGGGCGCCCGUGACCGUCCCCAGCCUGUGCCACCUGUGCCGGUCCGCUCUGCGCUUCUCCGUCUCCACGCAGCAGAUCGAGGCGCUGCCCCUCCCCAAGAGGAUCGUGGAAUACCUCACCUAUAAAAACAUCCCCGAACGCCUCAGGAACUGCGCCUCCUCCUCUGAUGACGAGGAGGAGGACUGGGAGUCUUGAGGAGGAGCGCGCCGCACUCUCAUCUCAAAAGGCCUUUAUUUUUGGUUUUGGUUUUCUGAUGGAAAACUGCCGUAUAAAGAAGGAAAAUCCGCUCGUGUAUUCUACUUUAAAUAAUCCUGCACUAAGAGUUUCAUUUAUUGCACUACUACUUUAAGAAGCAUUUAGUAAAUGUUCUGCUAAUUUAGCUUGAAUAUCACAGUUUUCUAUGUCUAAUUUAUUUUGUAAAUAUUUGUUUUAACCCUUUGGUGGUCGGAGCGCUUCUGCAGAACCUGCACACCUUAAUACUGGAUAACAGGAAGGAACAAUAAUAAUUAUUAAAAUGAUUCAAUCUCCAA